CCGAAAACUUGAUUUCACCUGAAGCAUGAGUCACGCUUUCUUUGCUGGGUAUUAAAAGACAAACUUCCCUAUGAUAUUUCUCAUUGCAAAACUGCACGGCUAAAAUGGAAUGUAAGGUGGCAGUGUUAAACAAAUACAGAAACUUGUACAAAUCAAUGAGGGAGAGGAAAAGACGAUCAAGUCUCAAAAACAGGUUUUAUUGCUUCCUAAUCUAAAUCAUUAGGAAACCAAAUUAUCAUUACAUAGAAGAAGGACUUUGUCUAAUUGUCAUAUGGUUUUGGCUUUUAGUGGUUUUCUGUUUUUUAGAUGGGUGAAGAAUAUUUAAAUCAACUUUACGUCACAGAUUAGGUGUUUUUUAAAAAGUGUGAGGCGAAUUCCAUUGUGCUAUGUGAACUCAGAAGUGAUUAAUCAGGAUUUAUAACUCAAAGUUUUUCCCAAAAGAAACGGAAAGGAAAUAUACAUCCGUAAUGUUUAACUCUGAAAUUUGUUUUCCUUCUCGGUGAAAAGAUUGUGUGCUUUUUUCCCUUCUUUCAAACCUGUACAAUAACUGCCCAUUAAGUACUCCUGAUGCUUUCAUUAAAACACCCGCUAAUUUCAUAUACAGUUCACCUCCUUGGUUUUUUUUUUUUUUACCUGUGCCGCAAAAUGUCUGGCAAAAGAAUUUGUCAUUAAUUUUUCUUUCAACACCAUGUCAUAUUUCAUACGCAUGACGGUCUGCUGUGGAAUUUUAACUGUAGCGUAGCAUUCAACGAUCCCGGUACAUAGUCUGCCGAGUUGCACCUUAAUAGAGAUAGAGACGAAUACCAACCUCAUACCAACCCCAAAAGAGAACUUUUUUCGUGGCUUUUUUUAUCCACCCAGAAAACAGGAUCUCAGUGUCUCGAGAGGAAUGUGUGUACAUGUUUGUGUAUUUAGUUCGAUUUUUUUUUCCUUCCACACCUGAGAUUCAAAUUUUUUUUUUUCGUGUGGACUUAACUGACAUGGAAUUUACUUAAAAGGAGUUAGAGGUGUUUUAUUAUAUGACAAGGUUCUGUCAACAAAGGAACUAGAUUCAUGGCUUCAACCUGUGUACAACUGUGUAUUCAUUAAUUUUUUUUCCAUUUACUGAGUGAAAAAAAGAUAAAUUUCUUUUGAUUUUUCCUUUUUUUCCCUCCCAAUAUUCUACCUGGGAAAUAUGCAGAUCUCUAUUCAUAUUCAUAACAACCAGUGGAAGGAUUAUUCACACUCGUAGAUUAAUGGAGGAAUUUUUUUCUUCGGAAUUCAUUUUGUGAUUUGAUAUAGAUUAUCAUUCAGAGAUUUUUUUCGUGUGUUGAUUAGCAUGGUGGUGGAUUAAACCGGUGUGUGUUUUUUCACAGAAUCCUUUCCCUGUAAAACUUCCACACUCUAAGAGUGGUUUUCUUGAGUUUCGCCGGUAUUAUGGAGAAUAGGCAGAAAGUUUGGUCACACUUCAUGGAGCAGGUUUUAUGGAAAUGAGAUCAAGUUUUAAAAGAUGACAAAAAUUCAUACUGCAUUUAAGAGCUCAGACUGAAUAAUAAAUGAUUUCUAUUUUCAGUAGGAAUUUCGUUAGUAAUGCAGUGCGAUAUGGUGCAAUCUGACUGUGAUUAGGCUCUGGUCGUGUCAUCAGUGUACUUUCUUUUCAUUUGAUUUACAAGUUUUAAGGAAACAUCUCUUUCAUUAUUUUUUCCUAACAAUCCAAUUAUAAUUUAUCGGUGGGAAUUUCUUAUGCAGUCUAACUGCAAUGGUCGUUUGCAUGGCUGCCCCUGUUUCGCCUCGAUUUCGGAGAAAUAGGGAGAAGCCAGCCGUGAAGACGGUGGAAGCUCACGGUAAAAUUCGUCGUCGUAGGGUCUCAAGAAGCGAAAGUCUAGAAUCUCGACCAACCAAAAAAAUCUCACCCGAGCUGGCUCUGGCAGUUAAGCAUGAUCUCAUCGCUGGUCAUCACGAGCUGCCGCUAGAGGAGAGGAUUAAAGCAAUUGUGAUUGGAAAUAGUCGGGCAAUUCCUGGACGUCUUGCAGAAAAGGACAUGAAGAACUUGUGUUCAUCUGUGGAAAUCCAGGACUGGAUUUGUAAAUCCUUCGUGGAGAAAAACUUGGUUAAGGGAGAUAAAUCAGCAAAGGGAGGGAAUUGUGACUCAGGAGAAUCCUCUGAGGAUAAUCCAUCUCGGAGAGCAAAUCAGAAUCCUCAAAUGACACAGAGUGAUGUUGACUGUAAGAGACAAAGUAGUCAGUCGCAGUAUGAUCACAGAUUAAGUACACUCGUACCUAGAAGUAGAAGUGUUCAUAUAUGUAAAGGUGAUCAAUCUAGUCAGGAUAAAACCAUUGCUCAAACCCAUGCCAGUUCUUGCCAAAGAAAUACAACAGAACCCAGUGGACUCAACAGUAACACCAGUGAUAAAGGUGUCACAAUGAAACAGAAACCAAAAAAGAGUGAGAGUGUUCAAGAGGUUGGAAGCUCCAAUAUAACGGAUGCCGAAAAACUCAUGUAUAAACUAAGAUCGUCGAGCAUUGUCAGACACAAGAGCCUGUACAGCCCCUCAUGUAACGUCACCAUGUUGCUGCCUCAUCCCCAAUCCGAGAGGGGACGGUCCGACGACUUUCUAGUGCGAUCCCCUCGGAGCAAGUCAGAAUCUCGAACUUUGUGCCGAAACUUGCAGUCUUCCAAUUCCAAUUUGGCGGAGGACUGGAGAGAGAAUGCAGGAUAUCAAUCAACCAGGGAGAUGUCUAAAACAUCUACCAUGGCAGACACCAGAGAGGCAAGUGUCUCCGAAAAACCCAAAUCCCCACGCUCAAGUAGAAUAGUCAGGAAAGGUUCCAGUCUUAGCAGAAAUAGAACAGAUCUUUUUCGAGCUGCCAAGGAGCAUCCAGGCAGCAUUUCAAGGUUAAAAGAGAAGUUUGCCAAGUUAUCUGCUGCUGCCUCCCAGCGGAAGUUGAGCAAUAAACUUUCAGUCACCAGAAGGAAGAAAAAAGAUAUUGCGGAACCUUCCUCCAAAACGACCUUAGAUAAAGGCUUUGAACAAUCUGUAUUACAAAGUGCCAAAGAAUUACAAUCCUAUAGAGUAGAAGAAAGUCCAAGUGACUCUAAAAGUUAUUACUCUAAGAUUCCAAAUGAUCUGAAGCCAAAUCAUUCCCGGUCAUCUAGCGGUAUAGAACAAAAUCAUUCCAGGAAUUCUAGCGGAAUAGAGCAAAAUCAUUCUCGUAAUUCUAGUAGUAUAGAACAACAUCAUUCUCGUACUUCUAGCGGAAUAGAGCAAAAUCAUUCUCGUAAUUCUAGUGGAGUAGAAAAAAAUCAUUCACGAACAUCUAGUGGAGUCGAACACCAUCAUUCACAAUGCUCAAGCAGAAUUAACUACAAUCAUUCAAGUAUGCCAAGCGACUAUGACUAUUAUUUAAGAACUCCCAGUAGAGGAGAAAAACAAAGUGCCAAAGAUAUUCAGCCCGCGCCAUACAGAGGGGCCGAGAGUCAAAGGGACGAUAAACCUAGCCAUUCCAGAACCCCGAGUAAAGAGGAGAAAGUUAGCGGCGAAGCACGCAGGAAAACUAGUCAGACUUCCACAGAGUCGGGGUCAGGAGGUCAUCUGAUCCUCAGACAGUGUCUAAUUGGAACCAACCUGGCCUUCGGAUUGGUCCAACUAAACACAGGACCUAACGGCAAUAGUCACACUGAUGGACAUGGUCUGGUUACCAUCCGGAUGAGGCCGGACGACCAGGGCCGAUUCGGAUUUAAUGUCAAGGGUGGUGCUGACCAGGGGAUGCCCAUCAUUGUGUCCAGGGUGGCCCCGGGAACGCCGGCCGACAUUGCCAUACCCCGCCUCAAUGAGGGAGACCAAGUGCUAUUUAUAAAUGGACGGGAUGUUUCUCAGCAUACACACGAACAGGUGGUGAUGUUUAUCCGGGCGUCUCGAGAAACCCACUCAGGAGAAUUAGUGCUCAUAGUUAGACCAAAUGUGUAUGUGGGUGAGGAGGCCCAAGAGGAGCCCAAUCUAGAGUAUUUACCGGACAACUACCAGAUCAUCGCCCCACAGGGCACGGGGACGAACGCGCUGGAGGCCUCGCUCAUGUUACUCCAGGAGAGUCUCGACAGUGGAGCGGCCCUGGCCCAGUUUGAGCAACUGUACAGGAAAAAGCCAGGCAUGACGAUGAACGCGGCUCGACUCGAUGACAACAUCGCCAAAAAUCGCUAUCGAGACAUCUCACCAUACGACCAGACCAGAGUUAUCUUAAAAGAACAAAAUACGUCAGGGGGCGAUUACAUCAACGCUAAUUAUGUCAAUAUGGAAAUCCCGGGCAGUGGAAUUGUCAAUCGGUACAUUGCCGCCCAGGGACCGCUCCCCAAAACCUGCACGGACUUCUGGCAGAUGGUGUGGGAGCAGCAUUCUUCUCUGGUUGUCAUGUUAACCACAAAGGUCGAGAAAGGUCGGGUCAAAUGUCACCAGUACUGGCCAGAAAUGUAUGAAACAAUGGAUUACGGACUAUUACAAAUUACGUGUGUGAAAGAAGAGGAAACGCCUUCAUUCGCAUUUAGGGAAUUUAAUUUAACACAUGUAGAGACCAGCGAGGAGCGACACAUAUCACACAUGCAGUACAUCGCCUGGCCUGACCACAACGUCCCAGACGAUCCGGCUGACUUCCUGGAAUUUGUUCUCAAGGUCCGGCAGCGCCGCAUGGGUAUGGUGGAGCCCACGAUAGUCCAUUGUAGUGCGGGGAUAGGAAGAACCGGAGUAUUAAUUACCAUGGAGACAGCGAUGUGUCUAAUCGAGGCCAACCAGCCGGUCUAUCCUCUGUCAAUAGUACGGCAGAUGAGAGAUCAGCGAGCCAUGCUUAUACAGACCGCAACUCAGUAUAAAUUUGUGUGUGAAGCCAUCCUGAAGGUUUUUAGUGAAGAACUCGUGAAACCUUUAGAAGACUAUUCCAGGUGAAAUAUGGAAAUGGAUUUAUUUAUUUCUCAAAACCAGAAAACAACUUUAUCCAGUACUCAACAGUGAAAAUGGAUUAGUCCCACAGCAAUCCAAGAGACUUAUUGGAAAGAAAUCCACAAUCAGUUUGGGGCUCUCUGUUUUCAACAAUGUUGAGAAAGAUGGAGAGAAUUUAAAAAAAUCCAUUUUUAUCUUCCAAACCUAAGUGACUUGAAGAAAUUCAUGUGGAUGAUCCGGCUUAAAAUCCAUGUGGAUAAUCCAUUGGGAUGAUCUGGAGUCCAUGUGGAUAAUCUUGAUCUUGAGCUAUGAGAGUGAAGACAGGUUGUUCCGUGUGGAGUUGGCUGGAUGUGGAGAUGUUACACGUUUGUGAUGCAUGGCUGUGUUAGGUGGAGCGGUGGAGGGCAAGUGGAGAAGUGGAGACUGACACUGCUCUAUGUGCGUUUGUUGCUUCCUCCACUUGCCCCAGUUUUCUUUUUAGUUCUGAACGGAGAGAGAAAAUUACAAGAAAAAGACAGGGACUUUUUCAACUCUCUUCUCAGAGAAAAGAGAUCUUUAUAAAGAUUGCAUAUCUUGUGUAAAUGUUAAAUUAUUGCAUUAUUUCUAUGUCAGUGUUAAAUCCAGCAGUUUUGCCUAAGCAUUUUCAAGUAUUUUUUUCUCCUUUGUUGUUGAAUGAGCGAUACUGAAUUAUAACAUUUGUCAGUUGGUACAUUUGUCUUGUAAUGUUUGCUUAUGGCUUAGGUAAUUACUUAGGUAAUUAAUUUUUUGUUUUUAAAUAUGUUAAUUCUCAGAACAGACAUGACUGAAUGGAAAGCAAUUUUUUUUUUUUGAAUGGUUGCGACAAUAUUCUUGUUGUUUUUAUUUUAUUUUUAAUAUGUUAAAAUGGUUGUAUUAAUUUGAACCUUCCUUUUAUCCUUCAAAUCUUCUGUGAAAACUUUUUAAUAUUUUAAUAGGAGAAAUUCCUUUUAUCUAAAUUUAUCUGUGUUUUUUGCGAAAUAAUAUGGAAAUAAGAAAGUCAAAUUUCAUUUUCAUUAAAACAAUUAUAUUCAUACCAAAUACAUGAUAGAUGCAGAAGCAAUACAUUGACCUUUUUUGCAAUAAAUUUCCUCCACAUUAGUGUCUAAUAAAGAAGUUUUCAAACUAUAAAACCCUGAUUUUCCAAAAUACUACCUCAUAUAGAAAACAGUACACCCUGACUUACUGAGUUAUUGCCCCUGGUUGCUGCCUUAUGUAUUACUAUAAUGGAGUCUUGUGGAUUCUUAACGUCAAACAAAAUUCUAAUAAAUGACUAAUUCUAGCUUAAAUGAUGUUUAUAAUACUUCAUUGACAAUCAUUUCUUUGGGGAGGGGGAGGGGGGAAUUUAUGUUAAUAUUCAUUUUAUUGUGAAAAUGCCUGAAAUUGUGAACGUGUUUUCUCUCUUUUAUUCUGCUGAUUUGGGUUGUUACCAUGGUUACAGUAAAAUGAUGUUGUAAUUUUUUAUUUUUAUUUGAGAGAAGGAGUGCCCUUAUUAUGUAGUAUUUAUCAGUUUUAAAAAUUUUCUUUUUGUUUAUUUUACAUUCCACAGAACGAUGUGAUUCUAUUAAUAUCCUUUAAUUUGUUAAUUUAUUUUUAUCAUUAUUAUAUUGUAUUUUUUAUGUUGUAACUAAUAUGCAGUGAAAGAGAUUGAAUUUACAAAAAAAGAAAUCAAAGUUAAUACACCAGAGAUAUUGUAACACAACGUUAAAGGUUGCACAUCUUUUGGAAGACCCGCUGUUAUAAUUUUAUAUGUGGUUUUGUAAUAUUUUCUCAGACAUUCGAGUUUUGUAUUUGGAGAACAUUUCGUAUAUAUCUUUCGAACUUGAUAAGUGAUAAUCUGCGUAAAACAACGUAUUAUGAAAGAUCAAGACUAUUCAAAGUUUUCUCCCUUUGCAUUUGGAAAGUCUGCCUUAAUCACAUUACCAGCACUUAAUCUUUGUCAACAACUGUGAUUAUUAUUUCAACACGUGGAUAUAAAUGUUUGUAGCAGAAACGAAUGAAAGCAUCUCCAUGGAAAAAAAACUUAUGUGCUUAACAUAAUCUGGGUUGUGUUCCUAUUUGGAAAAUUUAUUCUUGAUGUUUCAAAAAGCGAAUAUUAUCACAUUAUGUUAAGUUAUUCAUCCAUAUUAUUUUUUCGGAUUUUGAUAUAUGUAUGUUUUAUUGGGAAUUGCAAUACUGAAGAAAACUAACCAAAUAGCCACAUGAACUGAUCAGUAUUUUAGAGGUGUAGAUAUCAUCUUCCAAAGACCACAGAAUAUCACUUAUUUAAUAAGCAACACACAUGUAUUCCAUUUGGACAAUUCAGAUACGUUUCUACCUAUAAUGAAUAUAUUCACACAGCACACAUUAACUAUAAAGGCUGCAGGAAUCUAGUUAUUACAAAGGAUUUUUUUUUUCUCACAGAAUUUUUUUUCUUUCUAAAAAUCUUCCAAGAUUUCAUUCAGAAGGACUGAUUGUGUGUGUCAGUUUGUGUGUAUGUGUGCGAGUGUGUAUGUUUCGAAAGAUGAGCUGGUACGAUGUUGACCAGACUUCUUUCCAUAUUUGCAUGAUUUAAUGCUAUUGUGUAUAUAAAUGUCUACCAUUGUCCAGAGAGAAACAUGUAUUACAUAAAAGAUUUUCUGGGCAAUACAUAAUAAAAAGUCCUUUUCUAA